UUUUUUUUGGCAAACAUCCUCCGCCUGCGCUCACGCACUGCUCCCAGCAUGGGCCUCUUCGGGCAUAAGAAGAAUGCGGCGGCACAUCCAACCCCAAUACACUCCUCCUCCGGCUCCGCCUCCGGCUCCGCCUCCGGCCUCCACUUUGAAAACACCGUCGCCCUUCCGGCACCACUUCCACCACCACCAACACUUUCGAGUGCCCCACCAAUACCAGGCGACGGCAGCGUCGACCCCGAGGACCCAUUACAGAUAGCGAUAUUCUACCACGAGCAGAACGUCCUCGACGUUGCGGCAUACUACUUCUCUGUUGCAGCGGCGAGAGGACACCCAGUGGGGCUGUUCAUGUAUGCCAUGUCGAUGCGGCAUGGAUGGGGAUGCCCGAAGGAUGAGGUGGAGGCUGUGCAGUUACUGCAAAAGGCGGCAGAGACUGCGGUGAUGGACCUGAAUAUGGGGGUCGGGAGUGGAAGGUCGAACAAAGGAUCACAAUCAGCGUCGGCCUUGAAGAAGGUGGCGACAACAGAGCUGACGCUGGCGAUUUACGAGCUGGCGAUGUCAUUCAAGCAAGGUUGGGGCGUACCGAAAUCGAAAACAACAUCUGUGUACUAUCUGGCGAUUGCGGCACAGCUUGGGGAUGUGGACGCUCAGCAGGAACUGGGCGAGUGUUACUUGAGGGGCGAUGGGGUGAAGCGAGAUAAGAAGGUAGCGGCAAAAUGGUUUAGGGAAGCCGAAAAACAAGGGGCAAAAAUGGUCUCAAUGCAAUGGAUUUGGAAGGACAAGUACAACCCGUGAGGAGGG